AUGAACGAUUAUUAUAUUUUGCUUUAUGGAAGUUUAUCAGGUUUUAUAGCAGAAAUUGUAGGAAAUUUAUCAAAUUAUUGGAAAUAUAUGGGACAUUAUCAUUCAGAUAAUCCAUUUUUAUGUUCAAAUGGAAUGUUCAAUAAUUUGGAUGAGAAAAGAAUGUAAUAAUUCAAAUUUACCAUAGAUUUAUAUAAUAGAGAUUGUUUAAUGAUUUGGAGCUCAAAAAAUUAAUAAAUAAAUUGCUAUAUGAUG